GCUGUGCACGUCCCUGCCUCCACCUCCGCCGCCUCCUCGGGUUCCUCCUCCUUCAUCCCCAUUGGGGAAGCCUCCUCCUCCUCCGCCGCCUCUCCCUCGCUCCCCUUCUCGGUGCCCAAAAGCAUCCUUGGAGAAGAAGCCCAGUCUGUCGGCGUGGCAGCUCAGAGGGAGCAAGCUCGCUCUCCCUCCCUCCCUCCCACUCGCGGGCUGCACUGCGGCGGAGGAGGCGGCUGUGGCUGGGCUGCCAGGCUUGUACCGAGCAGGAGAAAGGACAAGCAGAGAGGAAGCCUGGGCGAGGGGUUUCAAUGCCUCCGGACCGAGGGGCGAAGGGAGCCGGGACAUCGGACAGCCUGGACCAACGAAGCCUUUGAAAGGCUAGGGAAGAGACCAGAGAAGUGUCUUUUAGAGGCUAGAGAAGGACUGAGAGAGAAGAGACCACCAAGCCUUGAGAGCCCAGAGAAGAGUCUUUUAGUGGCUAGAGAAGAGACCAGGAAGUCUUUGAGAGGCUAGAGAAAAGCCCAGAGAAUGAUCUUUCAGUGAGUUGCUGAGAGUUUUUUCAUGGCCAUGUUCCAGAAGCAUUCUCUCCUGACGUUUCGCCCACAUCUAUGGCAGGCAUCCUCAGAGGCUGUGAAGUCUGUUGGAAACUAGGCAAGUGAGGUUUAUGUAUCUCCAGGGUUUAUGUAUCUUCAGGCAAGUGUGAAUGCUGCCAUUGGCCACUUUGAUUAGCAUUAAAUGGCCUUGCAGCUUCAAAGCCUGGGGGAAUUCUUUGCUGGGAGGUGUUAGCUGGCCCUGAUUGUUUCCUGUCUGGAAUUCACCUGUUUUCUGAGUGUUAUUAUUUGUUACUCUCCCAAUUUUAGAGUUUUUUUUAAAAAAGACUGGUAGCCAGAUUGUGUUCAUUUUCAUGGUAUCCUCCUUUCUGUUGGCUUUGGCCAUCUUUUAGUAGCUAGAGAAAGGCCAAGAGAGGAGACCAGGAAGCCUUUGAGAGGCUAGAGAAGAAUCUUUUAGAGGCCAGAGAAGGACCGAGCGAGGAGACCACAAAGCCCUUGAGAGGCUAGAGAUGGCCCAAGAGAAGAGGCUUGAGAAGAAACUUUUAGAGGCCAGAGAAAGUCCAAGAGAAGAGUUCAAGAAGCCCUUGAGAGGCUAGUGAAGGGCAGAGAGAAGAGGCUUGAGAAGAAUCUUUUAGAGGCCAGAGAAAAGCCAAGAGAGAAGACCAGGAAUCCCUUGAGAGGCUAGAGAAGGGCCAAGAGAAGAGCCAAGAGGAGAGCCUUUGGGAGAAGGGUCUCGGAGAGGCUGGAGCAGGUCCAAUCCCCGCCAAAGAGGGGCAGACCCCAGCCAUGCCUGCUUCUGCCCCUUCCCUGGUGGAGGUCUGCCUGUCCCUGCUGGUGAUGUCCUGGGCGGUAUGUCUGGCGUGGGCCUCCCGGCGCCUGUCACACCUGCACCUUCCUCCGCGGGCGCACCGCCUGGUGCUGGAGUGCUCGGGUGCCUUUCAGAUCUGUGCCUGUACACGGGAGCUGGCCCUCUUGUCCGCGCUGCCCCCACAGCCCCAUGCCGCCCUGGCCCUCACCUACCUCUCCACUGCCCUCCACGGACGGACCCUUGUGGGCAGUGUCAACAACCCCUCCAGCAGCUUCCAGCUCCUCUUCAAGGGGCGCCUGGCGGGCGCAACCUGGGCGCUGCACACCUCAGCCCAGUUUCUAGGUGCCAUCUCAGCUCACCUCUUUACCCGUGGCAUCUGGAUGCUAGGUGUGACAGCGGCCCACGCAAGGGCCCGGGACGAGGCCUGCACCAGCCCCCUCCAGACUUCGGUGGCCCACGCCUUUGUCCUGGAGCUGCUCUUCUCCUUCCUGCUCCACCUGAUGCUGCUCCAGUUCGAGUCCCUCAGCCACCAGGCCAGGAGCCACCUGGUCGCCCUCCUGAUCACCACCUUGGUCUACGAAGGAGGACACCUCACAGGAGCCAUAUUCAAUCCAGCUCUGGCUUUUUCUAUGCACUUAACUUGCUUCAGUGAAAAAUUUUGGAAUUACAUUCUGGUGUACUGGAUAGCUCCGUGCUUAGGGUCUGUGUUGGUGGUCAUUGCAUGGGACGAAAUCCUUCCCCUGCUACAAAGAGAAGAGUAGGAUGUCAAGAAGGAGUCCUUUUCAAGAGACUGUGAAUGAAACUGGCACAAUAGCAUUUUGCACAAAGAGGAAACAGACAAGAAACUGGACAUCUGUCGUACUCUGACAGCUUUCAGACCCUUGUUUUGGAACAUCCUGACAGUUUAAUUAUUAAACAGUAUUUGCUUGUGCCCUUUGAACACCCAGGACUGAUUUCCCCAACCCGAACCACGGUUUUCAAAUGGCAAGAAUGGGCUAACCUUAAACAAGGGGAUCUCUUUUUGAGCUCUCCUCCAAGUCAGUACAGUUGAAGACAGAACAAAUUAAAAUAACUUCUGGUAA